AUGUGCCGGUUUCUUAUCUACAAAGGCAGGAAUGAGAUUCGUCUCAGCAAGCUUGUGACCGAACCCAGUCAUUCAAUUCUUACACAAUCCUAUGAUUCGCGACUCAGAUUAGACAAUCGUCGACCAGUAAAUGGUGAUGGUUUUGGCGUUGGAUUCUAUACCGACCCGAAAUUGGGGCCGGAGCCUUGUAUAUUCACAUCAACUCUUCCGGCCUGGAAUUGCGAGAAUCUUGAGCGUCUCGCGUCUAAGACAUGUUCGAAUCUGAUCUUUGCGCAUGUUCGGGCCACGACUGAGGGCGCCCUAGCCGACAAUAACUGCCAUCCGUUCCAGCACAACACGCUCAUGUGGAUGCACAAUGGCGGUAUCGGGGGCUGGAACUAUAUCAAGCGCACUCUGGCAGAGUCCCUGGCUGAUAAGUGGUACCUUGGAGUGAAGGGCGGUACUGAUAGUGAGUGGGCAUUUGCGCUCUUUCUGCAUCUCCUUGAACAGGAAGGGGUCAAUCCGAGCUCUGAUCCAGGGCCAGAAGGGUUUGGACCGGCGUUACUCCGUCGUGUCAUGAUGAAGACCAUUGCCAAAAUCAAUGAGAUGGUGCGUGAAAUUCCAGCGAAGCACAAUGUCGCUGUCGAGACACGUAGUCUGUUGAAUUUUGCGAUCACGGACGGACAUACGGUCGUCUGCACGAGGUACAUCAGCAGUAAGACCGAUGAGCCUGCCAGUCUAUACUUCUCGUCAGGAACCAAGUGGGUGGAGGGAAAGACGAAAGGCCACUUCAAGAUGGAGCGCCAUGACAAGGGCGCUGACAUUGUUUUGGUGGCGAGUGAGCCUAUUACUUUUGAGAGACACAAUUGGGUCUCGGUGCCGACAAAUUCCGUGGUGACGAUCCACAAACAAACCGUUCUUUUACAUCCCAUUCUUGAUGAGUUCUAUGGCGAAGACCUAAAUCAAGACCGGUCCUCCUGCUUCGCGGUAUCCAAGGGCCUGGUCAGUACAGCUCCGGGCAGCACCGUGCCUCCUCAAGCUGCGGCGGACGGAUAUGCUCCUUCUGCAGUCAAAGCGCCCGGACUCGAUGAGCUUCGGCAUUGCUCUGGUGCAAGAGUCACCACAGCGUACUGA